AUGCUUCCAGAAAGAGUUUAUCAGCUAUGUCACAGCAGCAAAACUGUGAGCUCCGAACUUGCACGAGAUCCAAAUCAAGCCCCAACCAAGGUGUUUCACAAACUUUAUAGCAACGAUCAUGCCAAAGAGGACGCGUCAGAGGUGGAGGACGGCGUAGAUGGCCAUGACUGUCUACAAAAGGCUCUUGAGUGUGGCAAUUGGGGUCCAACGAAACCGAGCAAUCUAUUCCUCAAGAUAUAUCACGACGCACUGUGCACCUUAGAAAGGAACCCAAUGGCGGGGGUUGUCUCUCCGCCAUUAAUGGGUAGUCAUGGGAUCGCACCUUUAACCAUUGUGGCUCCGUUGCCGGACUUGUGCCGACAUAUGGCUAAUUGUAUCGCACGGGCUGAGACCGAAGUAUUUCUCGGGACAAACUUCUGGAUCUAUUCCGACGCUUCGACCCUGGUGACCAACGCCUUCCGCGAGUUGUCAAACCGAGCCGGUGAACGCGGCACUAAGGUAGUGGUAAAGAUGAUCUAUGACCGCGGUGAUCCUCGACAAGCCUAUGAGAAUCGCUUAGAAGUGCCAGAAAAGAAAUACACAAGUGAGAAAGUUCAACUCCCUCCAGCUGAGGAAAUUCCCAACAUCGAUCUGCAGGUUGUCAAUUACCACCGUCCUAUAUUCGGAACGUUCCAUGCUAAGUUCAUGGUUAUUGAUCGGAGGAUCGCCCUGCUGCAAAGCAGUAACGUACAGGAUAAUGACAACCUAGAGAUGAUGGUUAGGCUUGAAGGACCAAUUGUGGACGCUUUCUAUGACACCGCAUUGAUCUCAUGGGGAAAGCACUUCAAUACGCCCUUUCCAAUGUUGUCGUCUCCCGCUGCGAGUGCUCCGAUUCCAAGCCUUUCGCUCAUGGACGUAAGCCGCCAAGAGGAAGCCCAGGGCUUGUCUUUGCCCGAGCAUACCACAUUAGAUCAACACUAUGACCUUGGCAUUAGGAAUGAAGCACGGCGCGUCAACGGUACCCUCAAGCCUAGGCCUGGCGAGUCUAGAACGGCUCCGGUCACUCGCCACCUGAACACAACUACGCAGCCGAAUACAACCGGUGACGCUCCAGACGUUGAUCAAAAUACUCCGAUGAUACCGUAUACCAUCUCCCCACCUCAUGAAGCAUGUCCAAUGGCCCUAGUAAACAGGGAGCCCUGGGGAGCCCCGAACCACACCAGCAUAUAUACCCCUCAAAAUGCCGCCUUUCUCUCGGCAAUUCAAAAUGCAGAACACUCCAUUUUCAUCCAGACCCCGAAUAUGAAUGCAGAGCCUCUCCUCGAGCCAUUACUGGGAGCUGUCCGUCGCGGGGUCGUUGUUACAUGCUACCUAUGUCUGGGCUACAACGACGCUGGACAACUACUUCCCUUCCAAAACGGGACGAAUGAGAUGGUUUCUAAUCGAUUAUAUAGCUACCUUGAGAAACAGGACGAACGCUCACGACUACGUAUAUAUAACUAUGUGGGUAAGGACCAGACAAAGCCGAUCCAUAAUAAGUUCAAGCGUCGCAGCUGUCACAUCAAACUCAUGAUCAUCGACGGCAAAGUAGCUAUCCAAGGGAAUGGGAACCUUGAUACUCAAUCGUUCUACCACAGCCAGGAAGUUAACGUCCUAAUUGACUCCCCAAUCAUCUGCCGUUCAUGGCUUGAGACGAUCAACCAAAACCAGAACACAGCUCUUUAUGGUGCAGUGAGUCCGGAAGAUGGAUGCUGGCAUGACGCCUCCACUGGUAAGAUCCCAGACGGGUCAAUUGGUGUCAAUCCAGGGCGUUUCAGCUGGGCCAAAGGGGUGGUUGGGGCUGUACAGAGAGUACGAGGAGCUGGCGGGUUUUGA